AUGUCGGAGACUAUGAGAGCUCUUGUGGGCGCCCGCUACCGCCUCGCCCAAGACGCCCCUAUUCCCGUCCCUCCACGCGGCACGUUACUUGUCCGCGUUCACUCGGUCGCCUUCAACCCCCGCGAUGCCAGCAAGAUAAUCGACUACUCCUCCAACGCUGCUGCUCCCGGGUCAAUCGGCGGCGGCGGCGGCUGCGACUUUGCCGGUACUGUCGCCCAGCUGGGCGAGGGCGUGACGCGGUUCCAGGUGGGCGACCGCGUCCUCGCGUGCUCCUUCGGCCCAGGAGCCACGGGCAAGAGCACAGGAGGCGCCUUUGCCGAGUAUGCGCUGGCCGAGCAGGACAACAGCUGCCUUGUGCCCGACGCCAUGGACUUUGCCGAGGCAUGUUCGAUCGGGAUGGGGCUUGCCGCCGUCGGCCAACUGUCGAUGAUGCACGGCGACGCCAACAACAACAACAACAACAACGCCACUGUGCUCGUUUCCGGCGGCGCAACCCCCACCGGCACCCUGGCCACACAGCUCCUCAAGAUGGCCGGCUACACUCCAAUCGUCACCUGCUCGCCCGCCGACAACGCCCUAUGCCAGGAAUAUGGCGCCGCCGCGUGCUUCGACAGCGACGCAUCAGCGUGCGGCGCCGACAUCCGCGUGCACACCGACAAUGGCCUGCUUUACGCGCUGGACUGCACCGCCGAUGAUGUCUCCAUGAAGAUGUGCUACGAGGCCAUUGGGUCCGGCUCCGGCUUGUCGUAUUACUUUGGCCUUAAAAAGCCCGCUAAUGCCAUCGCCAUCAAGUACACGCGGCGGGACGUGCAGGCCGACUGGACGCUGGCGGAUGGUGCUCAAGUGUUGGGCGGCGGCCUUGACAAUUUGCACGCGGCUUUGGAGGACUUGAAGACGGGGAGGGUGCAUAAUACGAAGACGCUGAUUGUGCCGCUCAUGGCGUAG